UCUUCCAAGCUCCUUUGGUAAUUGUCAAUGCACAUGCGCAACUUGAGUGUAGAAAAAAGUAUGUUAUAGGAGAAUGAGCUUUCGUUAAGAAUGUUGCUGUGCGCUUUCGCUAUGUAAAUAAAAGUAUAUUUUUGUAACAUGGAUGUUCUUUACUCUCUAAUGCGAAGCACUAGGUUAAUGCACGAAUCUCGACUGAUUCAGAAUCCUUUUUCAAACCGUGGAUCACCAGAGGGGCUUUGAUUUCGAAGAUCACUGGAUUCGAAUUUCACUAGAUUCUCAAAAUCAGACAUAUCAAAGGUUUUCAAAAGUUGGAAUCAGAACCCAUAGUCCUUGUCUAGAAGAAGUAACUGCGGUUCGAACACAGUUUUCCAACAGAGUGAUCGACGUCGUCUCCGACGAAUUGUACAGCAGAACAUGGACCCUACUGUGCUUCAACUGACAAAAAUCGUCAACCAAAGCUUUUACCAACAGAUUUCAGCUUGAACCAUGCGCAGAGGAUAGGUCAGGUGCCUGUGAGAAAGCCACUCAUUUUUGCCCUACAUGCAAGAAUUCAUUUGCAGUGAAGUCGGGAAAGAAGAUACUGGACAUCUGAGGAUUGGAAACGGGUAAUGGGGUUGGAUGAAUCACUCUACACCUUAUGUUGCACUGAUAGAAGACGUCAAAUUUUGCGAUAACCCCAUGAAGCCAUGAAUCCAUCUUGCCUUACUCAUACUGUGCAAGGGUCUGGUGAGAGUAUCAUGAUAUGGAGCAUGUUCUGCUGGCAUGGAACUGGUGCCCCGGUGUUCCUCGAGGGUAAACAAACAGCCAUGAGAUACCUAGAUAUACUGGCAGAUCAAGUGCACCCUGCAAUAUUGCAUAUUUACCUUGAUGGUGACGGAUACUUUAUGGACGACAAUGCAACUGUACAUCGUGCCAGAAGUCUUCAAAAUUGAUUCGCUGAAUAUCAGUCUGACUUCCAACACCUUACCUGGCCACCGCAUAGUCUGGAUCGUAACCUCAUAGAAAAUGUGUGUGAUGUGGAUUCAAGAUGCAUCCGACAGUACUCUCCUCUUCCAUGUAAUUUACGAGAUCUAAAAUGCAUGGUAUUCUCUGGAGGUAAAUGCACUCCAGAAGCAUGUAGACUUGAUGCCCAAAUAAAUCAGAGCAGUUAUCCGUGCAUAAGGGGUCCAAUAAAAUAUUGAUCUUUGGUUUCUUAUUCAUUGAUUAGUGUAUGUAUAUCCAAAGAGCUUUCCCUCUGCCCUGAGUCCGGAUUUUUAGGCAUGUGCAAACGAACCCAUAGGUUAAUUUGCUUAUUUUUCGAAGAACAUUCCGGGUCUUAUAUCCCUUGCAGAAAUAUGUUAAUCUCCUUACCCCCCCCUCCAUUUUGUAUAUUAUUUUUUAAGCAUCCUUCUAACUAGAACUAAUAACAGAUCGAUUUUUAUUUUUAGUGUUUUCCUUAUUUUUCUAUUUGAUGAAUUUGGCCGCACCUACACACUUCAGCUGAGAAUUUAUAUGAUAUGAAACUUUUUUCCGUGCCUUACUAGUUUAACUUAUUUAAGUGGGUCACUUUUAAAAGUGCAGAGAAGUCUAAUAACUAGAUGUGCUACUUCGGAAUUGAUUCAAGGAGCUCAUUCCAGAAAAAGGUAAUUGGAAACGUGCCCCAAGAAUAUAGACCUGCUAUUCGUUGAUGAACUGACUGAAUUUACUGAACGAGCAGCUCUUGUUGGAAGCGUAUCAGGAAUGUCCGAUUUCAAUGUUAAGGAAGAAAAGAUUGCUUAUCUUCCCAUGUUAAAAUCAUCAAGAUGAUUGCCUGGAUCCAGAUAUUUUCGAUACUCUCGAUGCUAUUUGUUUCAGAAGCGGCAACUUAUACGAAGAAUAUGUCGUUGCCGAAGCUGAAGAAUAUGUCGUUGUUGAAGCUGAAGAAUGUUUCGAAACGUCGACGCUUUGCCGAGGCCCAAAGUUAUCUGGCAAUCGACCUGUAUAAGAAAUCCCUGGUUCCACGUCGACUACAGGUUAAAGGUAAAGCCGAACAGAGUUCCGCUAUUGCUCCAUUGAGUAUUACUGGUGCGUUCCUUGCUCUUCAGGAUGGCCUUAAUGAACACAGAGGAGCAGAUGAAGUCUGGAUGUUUCUAGGCUAUGAAAGAAGUAAAAUAAAUACUGAAGAUGCCCAUGCUGAGUAUACUAGAUUUCUAAACGAAGAGCAGCGACCGACGUCUUGGCCUCCACGGUAUGUGUUGGAAUUAGGCAACAACAUUAUAUCAGAUACCAGUUUGUCUCUUCUUAAGGAAUAUCAAAGAAAAAUGGAAAACUACCAUCGUGCAACCGUGAAGCAAACUGAAUUGUUUCACGAUAAUCCCGCCUUACUGAAAGAGAUGAAUUCGUGGAUCAAAGAAAAAACUCGCGGCUCACUUAGUAAUAUUAUUGAUCCCUUCAAAUCUCAAAUCAAGAUGAUGAUAUUAAGUACUUCUUACUUUAUGGGAAAAUGGGAAACUGAAUUUAAUCCCAAGAGAACUAUAAAUGCACCAUUUCAUUGUAGAAAUAGCGAAGUUAAGUCUGUGCAAAUGAUGCAAGUUGAAGCAAUUGUUGAAUAUACUAAGAAUGACGAAUACUUUGGUCUGGAGGUGCACUUUAAUGGGGACCGAAUUCGAAUGCUCAUCUUGUGUCCCAAAGAUGCAGUUCGUAUGCGUAAGCUCGAAGAAUCUUUGACAUUUGAGCAGUUACUCGAAAUUCGCAAAAGGAUGACUUCGCAGAAAAUGAGGAUCAUUCUGCCGAAGGUUAAAAUUGCGAUUAAUCGAAAACUGAAUAACGUCGCUAGCCAACUGCAGCUAAAUAAGAUCUUUAUCCCUGAUGCAACUCCCUUUGGAGGAAUGACGGAAAAAGACUACAUGUUUGUUAGCGAUGUCCAUCAUUCAGCUGUAAUCGAUGUACACGAAAAAUUCGUGAUAGUUUCAGGCGUGACUGCAAUAGCUGUUUCGAGAAGUAAGACUAUAAAGAAGCGCAGUCCUAGGUUUGCAGAUGAUGGUAAAUGCAUGAAGAGGACACGCUUGUCUUCGAACUCAAGCGGGUUGCUUAGAGUGUAUAGUGGCUAUCGAAAUAAUGCAAGUCCAAGUCAUUUUAUAUCAGCAGUCGUCCUGGAUGAGAAAGAUAUGAAGCCUAUGUAUAUUCUGGAUGACACUAAUACUUGGAUAACAGAUGACAUUGAAAGUAUACCUGAUGCGCAUAUAUCAUGUAAACUUGAGAAAUCGCCUGAAAAAUUCAGUGUUAAAGCUGAAAAAUCCAAUGUUAAAGAAGUAAACAUUAAUCGCCCAUUCCUUUUAGCGAUUUUGCAUUCAGAUUACGAUAUGAUUUGGUUCAUUAGCCGUGUCUUCGAAUGUCCAGAGAUUCGUUCUAUGACAAGUCCUGAAGACUGGCAUCACGUCCCAGGUCAAUUGAAUCCAGCAGAUCUUCCAUCACGGGGAUGCGAUGCAGAAACACUACGAAAAUCUCGAUGGUGGGAAGGACCAUCGUGGCUGAUAAAACCAAUGGAAGAAUGGCCAAGUUCUAACGUAGUUCCUGAUUUCAAUAUAAUAGAUUUAGAAAAAAGGAAGACUAUUGUUAGCACAGUUAAUCACGAAAUUCACCCCCGGAAAAAUAUUAUGAUAGAUUCUCUUCGUACAACCAACUACUUAGUCACUGCAUCAAUGUUCGAGUUCUAUCUUUCCAAAUUUAAGUUGGAGUGUUCUGAGGAACUGUUUGAACACAUAAAAGGAAUAGGAGCCAACAAAACGUUCCAGCCAACGUACGACUUGUCUGUAAUGCCAAGUAGCAAAGAAAUCUACGUUAAUCAUAAUCAAGUUCUGCACGAGGCAGUAGUAGAAGUAAACGUGAAAGGCAGUGAAACAUCAGCAGUUACUGGAGUUAAAGGCCUUCAAGCAAGUUCUGCACCAUCCUUUACUGCUGAUCAUCCUUUCCUCUUUGUUACUGCGGAGGAAAAAAGGCGAUACUAUUUAUGGGUAGUGUAAAUAUCUUGUAAUGCUAUGAAAUACUUUAAUAAAAUAUCAUUAUGCAGGAAACUGUCUUUGAUUUGGAUUUCAUUCUCGGGGGAGGGGAAGGGACAUUAUUCAUAAAUUAUAAUGUUACUGUAUUUUUCGAUAUACGGAGAACAUGAAUUAUGACUUCACAAUUUCAUAUUCCUAUCUCUAAAUAUCUCAUUCAUAACAUUCUGC